CAACAAACAAAGCUAUUGUUGCUCAGAAAGAUACCAAUCUCCAAACCCCAAUAUGCAAACCCCAACAAUGAUGAUGAUGAUGAAUAAUAUGUGUUGAUUUGCAAUGUGAUUCAUCAUCAUUGUAUUAUAUAAACCCUGAUCCCUAUAAGUGUUUGGUGAUUCAGUCAGUACUCAUUCGAUUCAUCAUAGCAAAACAGCUAUAUCAAAAAUGGAAAGCCCCAACAGCAAAUAUGCUCAAAAGUAUGUUAAAAGUAGAUCACCAUCUCCAGUUUCUCCUGCCUCUUCCAAAGGAGUUGGCAGACAAAUUUCACCAUUGAAGACCUUGAUGAGGAGCAAUUCAGCGCCAAGAGAUGAUACCCAGAGGGAGCGUCAAUCAGUGGAUAAGACUAAGGCUACUCAGAAGAAUGUUACAAAAGAAAACACUAAGCCAGUAGAUUUCAAACUCCACACUCAAGAAAGAGCAGUUAGACGUGCCUUAUUCGACUACACAGUGGCUACCAAGAUAUACAUAAUGGAGCGACAAAAGAGACAAGUAGAAAAGUUGCUGAAGACGAUAGAGGAUGAAGAGGUAAAGUUGCUGAGAAAAGAACUGAUACCAAGAGCUCAAUUGAUGCCUUAUUUCGAUAAGCCAUUCUUGCCACAAAGAUCAACAAGGCCAUUAACAGUUCCCAAGGAGCCAAGUUUCAAGCUGGUGAAAUAGCAAGAUCUUCACAGCCUGAAACUAAAUCACCCCUGAAAAAUAAACACUCAUUUUUUUAGGAGAUUGAUGUGAUGAUGAUGUUGAUGGACGUCCAAAUUGAAGAACAUAAAAGAGAAUGGAAAUCGUGUUGGGCUUUGUAUAUUACAGAUUCUUUUUGCAGUGUCUUUUUUUGGUGGCAGAUUGAAUUUUGACGGUGUUUCUUUAGUUUGCCUCUAGUGGGUUUUUUUGCGCUGCUUGUGGUCAUUGUAAUUGUAACUCCCUUAAUUUCUUACCAAUAAAAAAGAGUUAGAAAUAGUAUCGCCAAAUUUUCUUUGGUUCGAGUUCCCUUCUUUAGUUACAAAUGAAAGGACAUUUGGUUCGACUUCUUUCGUAUUCUGAUGAUAUUGGUCUUCUUUUUUUUAC